AUGUGUUUUUAUACAUCAUUUUCAAAGGUGUCGUCAAAAGAGACGAAUGCCUCAACAACAGCUUCAACAGAAGAAUUUAAAAACUUCCGGAAGUCCUUAAAUCGAGUUAUUCUUGAAAGUGAAAGAACAAGGCUUGUGCAACAUUUAAGGUUUCUGCAAGAUGUUUUGAAGAAUAUACGCAAAGGAAUAGACUGUAGACUAGCGUUAGGCAAAAGAAGUGGAGAGGAACAGAGAGCCUUAGAAGAGAAGCAUAAUGCUAAAAUGAAGGAAUUAAAAACAAAAUGCGUAGAGGAGGGAAGAAAAUUGUUGGAGGACAUGAAAAAGAUGAUUCAAGACGAAGCCGAAGAGAUUUAUGACUACAUGUCUUCAGAUCUUGGAAAGGAUAAAAUAUUAAAUCCACCAGGACACAUGAAUUUAAUGGAUAUCCAGUAUAUCCCAAGCAGGCUCGAGAAAAAGGUCAAAGGGAGAGUAGAGAUGUAUGUUCAGGGUGUAUUGCAUUCAGAAAAAAUCCAAGAAAAGUUUCUAAUACUAAGGAGAAAGGCACUUGAUUUUUAUACUGAAGUUUCUUCCGAUAUUUCUGAAAUAGAAGGAGAAUGGACAAAUAAUUCAGAAGGAGCACACCAUGAGGACUGUCAAGAAGUGUCAAUGGCGCCAUAUAUGACUGGUGUUAUUGCUUCAUCACCACUCUGGAUACCAGCACUAGCGGUCGGUAUUGGCUUGGCCAUUGCUACGCUCGGUGUUGGUUUUGUUGCAUCACCCAUUAUCGCUCCAGUUUUAGUGAUACUUCUUCGGAAAGAAAGAAGACGAAAAAUAAUGGAUAAGGAGUAUGAAAAUUGUAUGCAAACAAUUCGAAGUACAAUAUGUAAUCAUCUUAAAAUUAUGUAUGGUGACGUACUUGAAAAACUUAUUAAAAAGAUUAGUACGGAUAUUCUACCAAGGAAGAUAAGAUCUUUGGAGAAAUUGAUCGAGGAAAGAAAAGUGGAAAUAGAGAUGAGCAUUACCUUAAUAAAACAGAUUGACAGAAGCGGUAAGAACUGA